CAUCAGCAGCACUGAUGGGAUUAUCAGCCUUUGCCGGCUUAAAUCAUUCCUGCAAAGCACGCAACAGCUAGACUAAGGGCAACAGCAACGGCCCUCCACCGUCAACGAUGAGAAAGAGUCCAAGAUCAUCAUUAUCGAUACCUACCGUACAGUCGUAUCACUCCUAACGCCACAAGCAUCCACGUUAUGAGAGCCUUCGAUAGAGAGCAGCUUCCACAUACCGCUCCUACUGCCUUUCACGGCAUGGAAGGUACCGGUACGGAUCGACCAGGCGGUUUCACGUUGACUGAUGUCCGUCGACCACCAUCAUCCUCCCACGAUGAGGAGGCCCUCAAUCUGAAUCCCACAAGCUACCGUGAUGAAGGUUGUCGACUGCAGUAACGCCCUCUCAGCGUGGAUCGAUGGAACAAGGCACUAGUAGUGGGCACUCGACUCUUGUGCCAUAAUUUCAUUCAUCGACAACAGAUACACCUUAUUCUAUUGUCUUGCACGUUCAACAACUAACUACAACAAACUCAUCACCAUGAAGGUCGAUUUCUCGUGGACCUCUUUGAUCUUUGUGAUCUUUUUCAUCCUUCGGAAUGACAGUGUCAACCGCAAGGAGUUUCAAGCUGUUCAAGCGGAGAACCACCAUCUCCAAAACACGGUGUCGUCGCUUCAAAUGUCCAAUUUGAAUCUCCAGCACACCUUGGCAUACAACAAGAUGGAGUACAAACUGGAGUUCUUCAAGCUCAAUUUCAUGUUGAACCAGACCAGCACUUCAUUGGCUGAGCUCAAGGCCAAGCCCGCAUCCUUCUUCCAGCUUACCUACGAGUACUUUUAUGGACAACAGGCGCACCAUUUUGAACCUCCCGCUGCCACCAGCGGCAACUUCACCGGGGACCCCUUCUCGUUCACUGGUGGCGGUUUCCAUCCUCCUCCGCACCAGAAUGUCACUCAGACGCCAUACGACAAGAUUCUGGAUGCAUACGAGGACAUUGCCCACAAGGUCGACUUGACUACCCAAUCCUGCUUCAUCUUUGCCUUCAACACGGGUGUUGUGGUGGGGUCCAAGACGGGGGAUGUCUGGCGGAGCACCAUGGCAUCUUGGAAUGCCACCAAGGCAUCUUGGAGUGCCGCCAAGGCAACUCUCCAAGGCUUUGUUUCCAAGACGGAUUCUACGGUGCGGACGAAGGUUUCCAACACCUGGAUGAGCACCAUGGCCUCUUUUACUGCCACCAAAGGUGCCAUUCAAGGUUUUGCUUCCAAGGCGACUGCCAAGGCAUCGUCCAAGAUCUCCAAAACUUGGACGAAAGCCAAGGCCUCUUGGAGAGCCACCAUUGUUUUGUUCCGCGGCAUGUCUGCCAUGGUCAAGUCUUGGUUGCCCUCCCUCCAGUGGCCAACUCUCUCACAGAAGAAGAAUAAAGCUGUGAAGACUAAAGCUGAGGAGCUCAUUGAUGAGGGUAACAAGCUCAUUGAUGACUACUUCAUGUACUGCUCUGAGCUCUUUGGCAUUACGUGGUUGGAGCGUCAUGGAAUUUUUCUCGGAAAGUUUGUAACUUUGGACGAAAUUCAGAAGAAGCGAGGAAUUCUCCAGAAGCAACACCACCCCGACAAAUUGCGAGUCGAUGGCGACACCAUGUCCCAGGCUCUCAAUGUGGCGUUCGAUACCCUCAAGGAGGUGUAUCUUUGGCAUGCGCGAGGGGAUCGAAGAGCCCUUCGCAUUGCUGCGAAAGGUUUAACGUUUGACAAGGCUUGGAGUCAGACCAGGGCUGUAUGGUUUUACAGCACCAAAAAUGAAAUUCUUGCUGAAAAGUAUCUUAAAGAACUCAAGGAGCUGCUGAAAGAUGCCUACUUUGAUGAGGCUCAAAGCUCUGCGGGAGACGGACAAUGAAUGAAUUACUGCGGUUUGUGUGAUGGAUGGUGCUGAUUGCAAUGGCUGUCUUGAUGACGGUCUUGGCGGAGCUACGCUGUUGGUUGGUUGAUUCUGGCGCGGAACGAUUGGGGGCGGGGAAGAAGAUGGGAGUUGGUGUUUGGUGUGGCUGUCAUUGUGGAGGCAAGGUGUUCGGUUUGGGCGUGGAUUGAUACGGUUCGAUGUGACGGGGAUUGCGGAUGUGGAUUCGUUGUGGACGGGGGGCUGCAAACGGUGCUCUGUGGGUCACAUGUUGCCAAUGGUGGCUUCAUAUCCUGCAACACCUAGGUCUAUACAAACCUGUCCGGGUGGGAUUGUCUGGCAGCUGAGGUCUAGUCGUGUCUAGGCCCUGCAUCGUCACAUGACUCUCCCCAUCAGCGGUGGUGGUCCCUAUUCUGUGGUCCUUGUUGCGGAGGAUUUGUGUUGGUUCUUGUUUGAUGCGGGGGUCUUUCUUCUUUGGUGUUUCAGUUAUGUCGGUGCUACUCUUCUUUUCCAACCCUCCCCUAUGGUUUCUUUCCUGGAUGACGCUUUCUCAUCGGUUCGGCAAUGCCCAAUCGUACCGGAAGUUAACUUUUGCAACUAUUCUACUAGUCUUUUCUUUAAACAUAUAUCAAGCCUUUCUUGUUAGUCCUUA